AGCCGCCCUGCACUUACUGGGCUGCGUUGGGUGUCCGGCAGAAGAACGGAAUGAAGCGAGUGGCUUUCGCUGCCAUCGGAGGAAUUGUGGCCGUGGCGUCUGUGCCCGUGGUGCUCGGUGCCGUGGGCUUCACCAGUGCGGGGAUCGCGGCCUCCUCCAUUGCUGCCAAAAUGAUGUCGGCUGCUGCUGUUGCCAACGGGGGCGGAGUUGCGGCAGGCACCCUGGUGGCCACUCUGCAGUCAGUGGGGGCAGCUGGACUCUCCACAUCCUCCAACAUCCUCCUGGGCACUGCUGGGUCAGCUGUGGGGGCCUACAUGGGACGUUCAAAAAAGAAGCCCCCACCCCCACGGAAGGAGGAGGAAGCAGGGGAUCUGAGUGAAGGAGAACCAGAUGAUGAAUAAGAUACUUCUCCAAGAGAAAACCUACUCAAAGCUAAACCUCUAACCCCUCUCUCAGGUCAGAGAAACAUGGAAAAUAAAGUUCCUGUCCUGUUG